AGGUACAAAGUGUUACAUAAUUAAUGUAAUAAUAUAAAAAUUGUACUUGAGUAAAGUCUUUAAUGUGAAAGUACUUUCCACCAUUUAAAUGUGACUAUGAUACUGUGGGGAGUGCCAAGAGAGCGUGAACAACAGAUAUUGACGCCCUCCACCACUUUCUAUUGCACAAAACAACACUCAUGUUGCGUUUACCACUGUCCUGCUGUCUGUUUCCACGUGUUCCAGUCGUUUCUGUAGCCCCUCCCCCUUCUGCUCCCAAUCUCUGCGCCCAUUGGCUGAGCUUCCUGUCAACCAGCGCGGGAGGCAGAGGCGCCCCGCCCACCUCGCUGCUUGACAGUUCGCCGCUGACGUCACCGGUUCCGUCCCAACACGGAAAUAUGGAAUAGUGACAAGAACCGUCGCGUUGGUGUUGUUAUGGAUUUAAAGCGGUACUACGAGCUCCCGCCUCACCGUGUUUGGUAACUGUUAGCGCGGCUCUGGCAACGUUAACGACCGAUGUUAACUUUCUGUGACCGAUGGACGCCUGCACUGGAAAUGGAGAGAGUGUUCGACCUCUGUUGUUAGUUCAAUAGCUUCAGUCCUCCCGUUUGUUUCAGAGCCAUGAAAGAAAGUGUUCUGGGGGUCAUGGGGGCUCUGGGGCGCCUGCUGCUGGGUCUUCUCCUGCUGUCCUGGGAAGGAAGAUUGUUUCAGGUUGGAGGGGUCAGAUCAGUCACCCUCCCAGAGUCCCUCCUGUUCGUCUCGACACUGGACGGUAGUCUGCACGCCGUCUCCAAACAGUCAGGAGACAUCAAGUGGACCCUAAGAGAAGACCCAAUCAUCCAGGUGCCUGUCUACCUCACAGAGCCAGGUUUUCUCCCAGACCCCAACGACGGCAGUUUAUAUGUCCUGGGUGGCAAGCACAAAGAAGGGCUGAUGAAACUGCCCUUCACCAUCCCGGAGCUGGUUCAGUCAGCUCCUUGCAGGAGCUCCGAUGGUAUACUCUAUACAGGUAAAAAGCAGGACGUGUGGUUCGUGGUGGAUCCUGAGACGGGCGAGAAGCAAACCAGUUUGACCACCUCUUCGUCUGAAUCCAUCUGCCCCAACACUCCUCUUCUCUACAUAGGACGCACAGAAUAUAUGGUCACGAUGUUUGACACCAAGACACAGGAACUGCGAUGGAACGCUACGUACAAUGAUUACUCUGCUCCCCCUUAUGAUGAGAAACAAGACUACAAAAUGGCCCAUCUUGUGUCAAGUGGUGAUGGUCUUGUUGUGACAGUUGACAGAGAAACAGGCGACGUCCUGUGGAGUCAGAACUAUGGCUCACCUGUGGUGGGAGUCUACCUGUAUUCCGGUGACUCACUGAGACACGCCCCCCACCUGUCCCUCGCCAUGGAAACGCUUCGCUUCCUCACCUUCUCCUCUGCCAGCGACCAGGCAGACGCACACUCCACUCUGAAGUGGAGCUAUCAGUUUGUGAAGGAGCAAGCCAGUGCACAGACACAACUUGUACCGACUCUCUAUGUUGGGAAAUUGGACUCUCACCUCUACGCCUCCACUUCCCUUGUCCACCAUGGAGUCUCCUUGGUGCCUCGGGGUCUGACCCUGGCUCGGAUCGAAGGUCCCUUGACAGCCGGAGUGACGGUCAGAGAGCGAGGGGAGUGUGAGAUUACACCAUCCACUGAUGUGCGCUAUCCACCAGGAAGCACAGACAGCAAGAAAAACCACUGGCUGCUAAUAGGCCAUCAUGAGCUCCCUCCAGUAGCCCACACCACCAUGCUGAGGGAUUUCCCAGUCACCCUGCAGCACUCUGGUGAGGCAGUCAUCCCCCCCCGACCUCCUGGCUCCUCUGCCUCCCCUGCCUCCCCUGCUACCUACUACCACCAGCGAUACUUCCAGACCGUAGCUGGUAGCCAUAGCAACACUGAUGCUAACAGAGGAGGGGUGGAUGGGGGGACUUCAGGACACGUUCAGAGACCGGCCACUGCGCUGCCUGUCUACAUGACUCAGGAACGUCUGACUCUGGCUGUGGUGACGCUGCUGCUGGGAGGAUGGCUGGCCUUGGUGCUCACAUAUCCCGCUCGUGCAGCCCAGCAGCUGAAAGCUCAAAGGCAACUGGAGGAGGCUUUGGAGUCUCGUCUCCAGCGCAUGCAGACCAGCAUGCACACAAACAGUCCAACAGUGACCUUGGUUUCUUCAGAGACAACCCUUUCUACUGACACAAACCUCUCCAGUGACUCUGCCCCUGCAUCUCCUGACCCUCCACCUAGUCCUCACAGUCACAGCAGCAGCACCUCAGAUGCUGAUAAAAAUGGUACAGCUGGGCACAAACCCGCAGCAGGAAACAGUGAGGAGGUGCAGGUGGGUAAGAUCUCCUUCACUCCAUCUGACGUCCUCGGACACGGCACAGCGGGAACUUUUGUCUUCAGGGGUAAAUUUGACGGACGGCACGUAGCAGUGAAGCGAAUCCUGCCGGAGUGUUUUGAGGUGGCAGAGCGAGAGGUGCAGCUCCUCAGAGAGUCUGACACUCACCCAAAUGUCAUCCGAUACUUCUGCACGGAAAGAGACCGCCUCUUUACAUAUAUCGCCAUCGAGCUGUGCACUGCAACCCUGCAGCAGUAUGUGGAGGAUCCAUCUUGCUGUGCUAAGUUGAAUCCUAUAACUCUGCUGGAACAGACCAUGUGUGGCCUUUCACACCUGCACUCACUCAACAUAGUCCAUCGUGACCUAAAGCCCAGAAACAUCCUCCUCUCUGGUCCCAGUGCGCUGGGUCAGGUCCGAGCUCUCAUCUCUGACUUUGGGCUGUGUAAGAAGAUCCCAGAUGGUCGGUGCAGCUUUUCUCUGCGAUCAGGAAUACCAGGAACUGAAGGGUGGAUAGCACCUGAAGUGCUGCGGGAUACGCCUGGAAAUAAACCGACAGCAGCAGUGGACGUGUUCUCAGCCGGCUGUGUAUUUUACUACGUGGUCAGCAGGGGGCAGCACCCGUUUGGUGAUGCACUGAGGCGACAGAUCAACAUCCUGUCAGGAGAAUAUUCACUGUCACAUUUUAUGGAGGAUAUACACGAUGACGUCAUAGCACAGGAUCUGAUCGAGCAGAUGAUCAGCGCUGAUGCUGAGUCACGCCCCUCCACUGCCUGCGUACUCAAACAUCCGUUCUUCUGGAGUCCAGAGAAGCAAUUGCUCUUCUUCCAGGAUGUGAGCGAUCGCAUAGAGAAGGAACCAGCAGACAGUCCGAUUGUGGUCAGACUGGAAACUGCGGGAAGAGCUGUGGUUCGAACCAACUGGAGGAUGCAUAUCUCUGUGCCUCUGCAGACAGACUUGCGGCGAUUCAGGACAUACAAAGGAAACUCAGUCAGAGACCUGCUGAGAGCCAUGAGGAAUAAGAAACAUCACUACCACGAGUUGCCAGCAGAGGUGCAGGAGACUCUCGGCGAGCUGCCCGAAGGCUUUGUCAGCUACUUCACCUCACGGUUCCCACGGUUACUGAUGCACACACAUGCUGCUCUGCACAUCUGCGCCCACGAGAGACUGUUUCACCCCUACUAUCUGCCCCCCAGCACCAAAUAACACACUCCUCAUAUAUUUAUGUACACAUACAAUAGUGUGCAAAGGAUUUCCUUGACAGUGCCUGUUAUUGCUUUUGUAAAGCCCAUACUGUUUUGGGGGGAAGUUACAGUGCUGUGAAAAAGUUUUUAUAUGCUUCAGUUUGUUUUAUAGAUACAUUUUUAUUGCUCAAGAAAUUAUUUUUAAAUUAAAUUAGAAAGCACUCUGAAUGCUGCAUCUCCACAAAGGCUGCACAUGUGUUACACUAAUAACAGAAAAUGGUUUUAAAUCAUAUUUUAAUGUGUAUGGUAAAUUUUGUAAAAAUUCACCAAAAAAAGAUCCUGCUUCAGUUUUCUUGAGCUGGCUGACAUUUGAAGAUUCCUUCAUCUUUAUUCUACAUUUGCACUUAAUUUUUUUUUUUUUUUUCAACCAACCAUGAUUCAGUGCAGGAGAAGCACAUCUGUUUAAUCUCAUGAACUCAUUGGCAAUAUUUUAUUAGAAUUAAGGAAAAAAUGUUCCAGAACAACCCAAAAACAAAUCUUGUGUUCUUUGGCCCACGAUACCAACUUUUACAGAAAUGUCUUUGAGAUAUCCUGCUACCAGACGAACAGUACGAAUUUUGCCUUUAUUGGAUAGUUCAUAAUACAGAAACAGACAGGAAACACAUGAGAGAGAGAAAGAGGGGUAUGACAUGCAACAAACAUAUCCAUUAUGAGAUUUACCUGAAAGCCAUAUAAUGUUUUGUGUUUUUCUUUCAAAAACAGGAAAAUCUCAUAUUUUAUGAAGAUAAACAGUUGAAAUGACAAACAGUGUGUAAAAGUCCUGAUCCCAUCAAGGGUCAUAACCACUGCUGCUCAGGUCUCACAGUCAGACUGAAGCUACACGCUUCAGCUUUUAAAAAAAAUGUAGCUAUUCUACCUUUGGAGCCAAUAACACCUGAUAGCAGAUUUAAAUGGGACCUUGGUGGAUAUGAGAGGGUUGAAUGAAUUCAGUUUGGUGAAAUAUGAGCCUAUUGUGGAAGGCGAUGAGCACUCCUGACUGACUCCAAGGGCUCUAGAGCCCAGAUUAAAUAGCACAACAAACUGUUAGGAGAGAUGCACAAACUUUGUCACAGCACUGUAGGUAGUACAGACACUGGACGGCAGGUUUCAUAAAAACAGAGCUUGUGUUGCUCUCACAAGGGCGGUGUUACAAACCUGCUCAUCACAGAAGAAAUUUCUACCAUCCAUAUAACCGGUUACUUAAAUGGUUUACUUUCUCCGGUGUCUGUGUUGCUGCUGUGCUUCUGUCUGCUCCUCGGCAGAGAGACUCCACAAUAUCUGCUUUGCUGUUUGUUUUUACGUAUUUGGUGAAUGUGUGAUGGAGGUAUCUGCACUGACUGAACAAUGUACUCCGCUUUGUUUUUCACCGACAGCAGUUCAUGGAGCAUAAUGGCUACAUGUCAUUGGCACUGUUAAAACCUGAUUCAACAUCAGUGUGUCUGGGUAAUAAUGUAAAAAUGGCAACUUCAUUGCCUGUUUCAUUUGAAGUUACAGACAUGUAUGGACAAUUCUGUACUGUUGACUCAUUUUUAACUGAAAUACAGUAUGUGCCAUUGGAUAACCACUCCUGAAGAUCAGCAUAUGAGCUCUUUAAGCCUGCACAGCCUCAUAUCUCUUCCCCUGUAACUACUGGAUGAAGGUUUGUUUAUAGUUCUGCAGUAGGAUGAAUGAUGAAGAAUCAACCUUUUGUACUUUUUUUUUUUUUGAAUGUGUGAAUUAAAUUGAUGCUUUGGGUGUGCCAAAGAAUGAAGUAAA